UUUAGUUUUAGAACAGCAUUUAUUUGGCUUACCCGGUGGUGAGCAUUUAUUUGAAUUGGCUGCUUAGAUGUAGGCUAAUAAUUAUAGGAAAAAAUAAAACAAAGCUUUGCGAAAUGGCCAGCUUUGUACCCGGACAGAGUGAAGGGUUGUUUCAUGAGCUUAUAGAAGAUCUUCAUAAUGGGGGCGUACUGCACGUCAUGGGAGAAGAUCACAGGAAUUUGGUGGCUUGGUCUCAUUCCCAUGCCAGCAUAUGUCAACACAUGCCAUGCCAAGGGGAAGGAUACAUCGCAGAGGAGUCCAACACAUUUGUGCUUCCAUGGAUCUGCAGUGCGGGGCACGCAUACAACUGGCCAUUGUCGUCACUCUCAGACAGAGUGGCAGAGAUCAAGCAGAACAUGAGCAGGAGGAGGAGGAAGAGGGGGCACCUCAAAGAAGAGGAUGAGGAGCAAGGGGCCGAAGAAGAGGGGCCCACUGCUGCUAUGCGUGGCACUCAAGAGGACGACAAGGCCGACUCAGAUGACAGCCUUGUCACUCAUCUGUCAGAGGAGCACAGAGAGACCCCUGUUCCAGAGCAGACCAAGCGGAAACGCCAGAGGAAGAAGGCGCAGACCACCAACGCCAAUGGGCCACAGGAAGGGGCCGCCUUCCCCUCCCCCAGCGCCGCCAGAGGCCGUGCCUCCUGGGGUGCCAGUCUGCCCAAAGUCACCAAGCUGUCGGAGGCCCUCCCCCUGGAGAGGGAUUUCAUGGACGAUAACGCCACGGAGUUGCCUCGCAGCAUGCACGUGGAGGAUCUGUGCUCCGGAAAUGACACGGACAGCGCCGCAGAGGACGAGCCCAUGAGGGCGUCUCAGCAGACCGGGGCAGGAGACGCUCAGCCCACCGGCGCGUCGUGGAGCCAGGGUCAGAGGUUGCAGCCGAGGGAGGCGAUGGAGGUGAUGGAGGCGCGCCCCAUAAGCCCCAUUGAGCCCAGACGAUCCCCCCGCAUGGGCCCCUCCACCAACGCAGCACCAGAGGACAGGAACAGCAGGAGCACCGCCACACCUGCCAAAAAGAAGCCUGCAGAGAAGCUAAAGGGAGCCCUGGGAGGCCUGAGCAACGUCCUGUCCUUGACGGUGUGGCUGAGGUCGACCCCUCGCAGCGAAGGCCGUCCGCUGGGCUGUCUGUCCCUGGGGGAGCUGGACGCCGUCGUCACCUCCUACAUCCAGUACAUGUGGGACACCGGCAAGAGCCAGCUCACACACGUCACGCUCUCAUGCUACGUGCGCAGCGUCGACCGAAUCCUUAGGGGCCAGGGCUGUUUCUACUGCGUGAUGCGCUCGCCCGAGCUGCCGGCGUCCCAUAAGCUGGUGCAGCAGUACCUGCAUCAGCUGUACGAGCGCGAGAUGGAGCACUACGGGGCGGUCAUCUGCAGCGUGACGGACGGCGAGGAGGAGGAGCUGCGGCGGCUGGGCGUGCUGGGACGCUCCUCCCCCGACGCCCUGCUGCACCUGGUGCUCUACAACAACCUGCGCGCCUUCGGGCCCAAGCACCUGUACCGCAUGUGGCCCGUGCCCGCCGGACAGUUCCGCCCGCUGUGGCUCAAGCCGCCGCCGCCGUCGCCGCCGCGGCCCGGAACGUCGGCGGCGGCCCCCAGGCCCCUGCCUGACUGCCUGGAGUGGACGGACCCCGGUAACCCUGGCAACCCCAACCCGGCGCCGCCCCAGCGCAUGCAGGCCCGACCCGAGGAGCCGGCAAGGUGCCCCCUGCGGGACUUCAUCAUCUACUACAAGAAGCACGUGACCGGCAUGAUCAGCGACCACGACGCCUUCUACUCCAACGUGCGCGCCGGCGCCGCCACCAACAGCCAGGAGUGGUACAGCCGCUCCCCGCUCUCCAGCAAGAGCCUGGACAAGAUGCUGCAGGCCAUGGCCCACCGCGUGGAGGCCAUACGCAUCAGCGGCAUGGUGCCGCCAGUCUAGCACCGGCACCGGACCGGUGCCCAGCCCACCACAGCCCAGGCCCAGGGCGUUAACCACACACGUGGCAGCGUAGGUCUGGGCCGGACGUAGCCCGCAUGUUCCACUUACAGUUGGCCCUCAUAGCACAGUGAGUUUAGAUAUAAUGAAUGAGUAAUAAUUACGGCCUAUUAUUGGGCCACUUCUACUUUGGCCAGAAUUGUAACUGCUGUUUAGCACUUGGUACUAAAUUGUUCACACUAUGUCAGUCAACUAUAAUUGAAAACGCGUGGGCCACCUCUGAGCCAGAACGGCUUUGUGAUGUGGGUAUGAUUUUUUUAAAUUUCCUAAUUACACAUGAGACACUGAAACAAAGAAAGAGAUACAUUUUAAUAAUAUAUUUUGGAAAGUAUACAAUUAGUUUUUAAAAAAAAAAGCUAAAUGAAGAAGAAUAAUACAUGGCAGAUGUGUGGCAGAUGUUGGUGAUUAAAAAAGAGAGAGAUGAACUGCCGA